AUGAUAUUUCCGUUCCUUUCUUCUCUCCCCUAGAAAAAUCGAAUUUACUGGUACAUUUUUUGUUCACCAAACACACUUUGAAAGAAGAGAAUAAUAAUAAGCAGGCUGGAAGGAUGAAUCGGCAGACAGAGAAAGUGGUGAGAAGAACAACAAUGAUUGCAACCGUCACUGCCGCUUAUUUCCUCUUGACCGCUGACUAUGGCCCUCAACCGAAUGUUCUUGAUCCCAUCAAGGAUGCGAUACAAUCUGCAGAGCAAUCGGUCAAGAAUUUCUUCGUUGGAUCUAAGCAAGAAGCCGAAAAGCCAACCAGCGGUGCUGCAUCAGAGAAACACCCUUAAUAUGUUUGAGAAAAUGCAACCCACGUUCCCUGUGACGUUGACUGUCCGUAGAAUGUGAAUCUUAAACCAAUGUAGAUGUAAAUUCUGAGUUUCUUACUUUGUAAACCUUGGUUGUUCUUGUAAUCACAGACCUCUUUUUUGGGUAUUAGAAGCGAAAUACUCUCUGAAAAAACUCCCCUUUUAUAGACCUCUUAAUAUGAUGGUUCCUGUUUUUGUUA